AUGCCAGUCCGGAUAGGUCCUCUUAUUGUUGCAGCUCUCCUCUUGUGGUCCUUGGGGAGCUGUGUCUUGACCCUGCAGAGGCGCCCUGGUGUAGCACCCCAUAGCCGUGUCCUCCAAGGGUCCAAAGAACCCAGUUUCACCAGGUUAAAAAGGAAAAACCUCGCAGUGGACUUUGUCAUACCAGCUGCUUUCCGAAACUCAUUGAGAGACCUUCUGGGUCUCUUUCCUGCAGGAGCAGGCGCCACCAACUUCCAGGCAAGCUCCAGCUUGUCCCUAGACUGCUGGCCCCUGGUGAGAUCUUUCUCCAAGCAUGGUAGAGAUCACCAGGACCUGAAGAAUGACCAGCAGACACCAAGGCACCAGCCAGCAUUGCUGUCCAAGGUCCUGAAAUCUGGAUUCCUUAAGAGUCUACGCAGAUCAAAGCAGCUCUUGCUUGAGGUUGGAGAAGACAUGGUCAGGGAGGGAUGUGGAAUAAGCUGGGGUCCUCUGGUCCUUGGAGGGAGCAAUAAUGACUCCAGUGAGGGCCAAGGAAACCUCAUCCCAAAUCCUGCCAUGAAAAGGAAACUGGAGUUUAACCUGACUGAGUUAAUGAGCUGGUGGCUGAAGUCCAAGGAAGGUAGAUUGAGGAUUAGACUGAUGCCCCAAAGGUCUGCCUUCUACCCUGGGAGAGAGGAGAACCUAUCUGUUGCCCUCAGAGCAUCACAGCCAAGAUUAACUUUUCACAUUUUAAGAAAGGGUUUUAAUUUUGCCAAAUAUUCCUCCAGUAAUCCUCUUAACAUCUACACCUGGAACAUCUCUUGGGUUAUGAAAGAAGCUUUUACAAUCAACAGUCCCCGAGCAAAACACGAAUUUGACUGUAAUUUUGAGUCCCCUUGCGAUCUGGAAUACCUGCCCCCUAUGCACAAAACUGAGAAAACAUGGAGGAUUAGCAGUGCGGAGGAGUUACUGCGAGCGAACAUCCAGAACGGCCCCAGACAAGAUUAUUCUGAAAACUCAUCAAGCGAGCAUUUCCUCAACAGGGUGGAGCUCUCCGCACAUUCCACCAAUGGGGGAGAAGUUAUCCUUCUCCCCCGCCCUGAUGUGGAAGUCCUCCAGGAGGCCAAGGCCAAGAAGAAUGAAGACGUGAUAAACAAGAAGGGGAGCUGUGGAGACACGGGAUCUUUUAGCGGAGAAUUUUUGCCAAGGCCAUUGCCUUCUAAAUGCCAAACGUGCGUCGGCUGGCUGAUACGAGCGGCCACCGGCUAUGACAAUGUCACGGUGUAUCCAAGCCACGAACAUUGA